AUGGCCCAAGAACCUACUCAAGAAAACCCCGAAAUUGAAGCAGGAAUAAACCAUGCACUUGAAAGUGAAUUAAACCAUGAGUUUAAGGAUGUUACAACACAAAUACAUGUAUUUGAGCCUGAUGCUCCUCCCGAAGAAAAAGCCAAGCAAGCUGCAGGAAGUACUAAGGUUGGCUUAACUGCAAUGCCGGCUGUCAAGGGGGUCAUUUCAGACGCUACUUUAGACCAGGUUACAGAUAAAAAGGAAGAGGAAGGGUCGACUUUACCGUGCGAUUUUCCUCAGGCACCAAAAUCUACCUCUGGAAUUCCAAACUGGGCGCGUAUAGGUUGGCAAAAUGUCGCUGAAUUUGGUCCAACUGACAUUGAUCAUGAUAUUUUUGGCGAAUAUUUGAGCGAAUUGUAUUAUGGAAAUCUUUGGUUAAAUGCUUCUGUGAUUUUUAUUUCGGUAUUUGCUACAUGGAUAAUUACUUCUCUUGGUGGUGGUCUGGGUUGGAUUAUUAUAAUCUGUGCUUUUCCUAUAUUAUCAUCAACGAUUGUUGGCAUUGCUGAUGGUAUAUUGGCUGCCGCAACUCCCACUUUCGUGGAUUCAGUUCGCUUGACAACGUUCACAUUAGGUACAAAACCUGCCACUAUUGAAUCUAUUAAGACCCACGCAAAAACUGAUGAUGAUAUUGUGGUUAUGGAUUGGAAGCUUACUUUUAAUCCAAAUGACCUUGCAAACAUGACAAGGGCUCAAUUGAAAAACAAAGUUAAUCCAAAAGUUGUGCUUACGGUUCGAUUAGGAAGGGGUGUGGUUGGCGCCGGUAUUCCUAUAUUGGUUGAGGAUAUGUCACUUACUGGACAUUUACAAAUUAAAAUGAAGUUAAUAAACACAUUCCCACAUAUCAAAACUAUUGACUUAUGCUUCUUGGAAGAGCCAAAGAUAGAUUAUGCUUUGAAGCCAAUCGGAGGUGAAAUGCUCGGAUUUGAUAUUAGCCAUAUUCCUGGGCUACAUUCGUUUAUUCAAGAUCAAAUUCAUUCAACAUUGCGUCCUAUGAUGUACGCUCCAAGUGUAUAUACCUUAGAUGUGGAGAGUAUUCUCAGUGGAUAUCCUAUCGAAUCUGCUCUUGGUGUACUUAAACUUCAAGUCAUGUGUGCAAAGGGAUUGAAAAAUGCCGAAACGUUCGGUACUUCUGACCCUUAUGCUAAAGUAACUUUACAUGGAAAUAAAGUACUCGCAAAGACAAAGACAAUUGAAAAUUCGUUGAAUCCUGUUUGGGAUGAGACAUAUUACUUAAUAUUAACUUCAUUGAGUGAAGAUUUAAAUUUUGAAAUAUUUGAUUACAACGAAAUAGCUAAGGAUAAACCACUCGGUACAGCCAAGUUUUCAUUGUCAUCAUUACUGACAAAUUCAAAACAAGAAGAUAUUACAUUACCAGUACUAAUUGGAGUAAAAAAUCAUGGUGAAAUCAAGAUUGGUGCAACGUGGUACCCAGUAGUAGAAGCUACCGAUACGGACCCAGCUCCGGAAUCCAAUAUCGGUGUUUUACGAUUCACGAUUCAUCAAGCUAAAGAUCUUGAUACAAAACAUUCGAUGGUAGGACAGUAUAGUCCAUAUGCUGAAUUAGGCCUGAACAGAAAAGUUGUUUAUACCACAAAGACCAUCAAAAGACAUAAUAGUCCAGUUUGGGAAGAAUCGUUCGAAAUGUUCAUCACUAAUAAAGCCGUUGCUGAAGUAUCUGUCAAGGUUAGAGAUGCACGUGAUCUUACAUCUGAUCCAGUUGUUGGUAGCUGGAGUAGCAAAUUACAAGAUUUUAUCGAUAUAUUGGCUACGAAAAACGACUGGUUUAACGUAAUUGAUGCUAAUUCUGGUAAAUUGAGAUUAAGCUGUACAUGGAAACCAGUAAUGUUUGAUAAUGAGAUCGAGCAUGGCGGAUACGAGGAUGCAAUUGGAAUGAUCAGAAUUCAAAUUAAAAAAGCUGAAGAUCUGAAGCGCAUACAAAGAAUAGGAAAAUCCGAUCCAUAUGUAAUAGUUCGAUUGAACUCUACCUUCCGUGGUCGCACAGAAGUAGUUUUAGAUAGUCUAAAUCCAGAAUGGAGACACGAAUUUCACUACGUACCUGUACAUUCCUUAAGGGAGUCAAUAACUUUACAAGUACUUAGCCAUGAAAGCAAAGAUUUUGGUUCAGUUGAUUUUUAUGUGGAGAAACUAGCUAAGCUGAAUGAAGAAGAAAGAUUUCAAGCAACUGAGUUCUUUGAUGCUUCUUCACCUUUAAUUUUUGCGAAUGAGCACAAGGGUUUACUUUUCUAUUCAGCCAGUUUUCAUCCCACCUUACAAACAAAGAAAGUUGAAAAACCUGCUGAAAAAGAUUCAGAAAAGGAUUCUGUAAAAGAUUCAGAAAAGGACAUUGUGAAAGAUACAGAAAAUGAUUCAAAAAAACUUUCAGAAAAGGAGGAAAAAGGCGAGACUGAAAUAGUCAAUGGAGUUAAAAAUAUUAAUGCGCUUGAUUAUGAAUGCGGAAUAUUAGUUGUUCAUAUUAAAAGUGCAAAUGUAGAUAGAAAAGAUACAUCUGUUGAACUUUAUGUUGAUAAUGGAUUAUUCCCUGAGUUCAUAACAAAACGAUGUAAACCGGCAAACCCCGAGUGGGAUCAAGUCACUGAUGUCUUUAUAAAAGAAUUGGAUUUUGCAAGAUUGACAUUCAGCAUCAAACAAUAUGACGGCAAAACUCUUAUCGGUUCCUGUACAAGGGAUGUGAGACAGUUAUUGGAACAAAGAGACCCUGAAAAUAUUUCACUCACUCUUGAUGGUCUAACUAGCACAAAACUUGUUAUCGGUGUGCGGUAUUUACCAAUGGAAUAUAAAGUAGACCCUUCGGAAAGCAUCAAUAACAUGGGAACACUAAGAGUAAAUGUAAUAAGUGCAGAGAAUUUACCAGCUGCUGACCGUUCUGGCACAAGUGAUCCUUUUGCCUAUAUUUAUCUAAACGGGGAAAAGGUUCAUAAAACAAAUCACAUUAAAAAAUCUUUGAACCCUGUUUUCGAAAAUGAAGAGUUCACAGUAAAUGUGUUAUCGCGCACUUAUGAUAAAAUUUAUAUUGAAAUGUGGGAUUGGAAUAAAGUCGAAAUUAGCACCAAACUUUGCACCGGUACAUUCGACCUUUCUGACUUGCCAACCUUUGAAAAAGCCGAGCGAAGGGUGCAACUGUAUGAUCCAAAAACUUCCGAGCCCGCUGGUUUUAUCAAUUUUUCAGUGCUUUUCUCUCCACAAUUUAUCUCAAAGAAGAGGUUGACAACAGGAACUUUAGCCGGUGCAACAAGGACACUCACUACUAUAGGCACCGGUAUUGGAGGCACUGUAGUUUCUAGGGGGGAUACUAUUAUUAGAUCAGGAGCUGGCUUUGUCGGCUCUGGAUUUGGGCUUUUGAAAAAAAAAGAUAAAGAUGAUAAGCUUAAGAAUGGUGAUUCACCAACUAGAGAAAUUAAUCCUGGACUUAGUGUAAUAGAUUCACCCACUAAUGAAGAAAAUGGUUUUAGUGACAAACGAUCCUCUAUAAAUAGUGACAAACGAUCCUCUACAAAUAGCAUAGAGUCUUAUUCUGUUGAUAAACCUGUUGAUAAAGCUGUUGGUGUACCUGGAAAUUUAACUUUACAUCUUAUUGAGGCUAAAGACUUAAUUGCUCAUGAUAGAGGAGGCACGAGUGAUCCAUAUGUGAAAGUUCGUAUUAAUAAAAAAGAUCUACAUAAAACAGCAGUUAUUAAGAAAACAUUAACACCACGAUGGGAAGAAUCGGUGUAUAUACCAAAUCUUACUAGUUCUCCUCCGACAAUUCAGCUUUCAGUUAGGGAUUACAAUACGAUUGGUAAGGACGUUACCAUCGGAGAAUAUUCUUUAAAUUUAUGGGAACAUAUUGAACCUGGUAAUUACACCAAAGACUGCUGGGUAGAUUUGUUAAAUGGAGAAAACGGAAAACUGCAUCUUAAAAUUGAAUUUGAGCAACAAUAA